AUGGGGGACCUGCCGUUAGCAAGAUGCGACAAAGCUCCCGCUUUCACCAAGGUGGGCGUCGACUUUGCAGGUCCUAUGUUAAUUAAGCAGACUGGUAGAAAGGUAGCACCUGUAAAGGGAUAUGUGAGCGUAUUUGUGUGUUUGGUUACUAAGGGAAUUCACCUGGAACUGGUUGAAGACCUGUCUGCUGAUGCAUUUAUUGCCGCAUUGUUGCGAUUUGUCUCUCGUCGUGGCGUCCCUGAGCAAAUAUUUUCCGAUAACGGGACAAACUUUAUCGGAGCCCGCAACGACUUGAUCGAACUGCACCGCCUUUUUAAGGAUCGAACCACCAAUUUGAAUUUAGAAGAAUUCUGUCAAUCCCGACAGAUUGAAUGGAAAAUGAUUCCUCCAAAUGCACCACACAUGGGAGGAAUUUGGGAGGCAGGGGUUAAAAGCAUGAAGGCAAUCUUGAAAAGAAAUUUGAAUUCAUGCCUACUUACAAUGUCUGAACUUUCGACAUUACUCUGCCAGAUUGAGGCUCAGCUAAAUUCUCGGCCAUUAUAUGCGGCCUCCGACGACCCAUCAGAGCUUGAACCCUUGACUCCGGGACAUUUCAUGAUCGACAGACCUUUAGUUGCUAUUCCGGAGCCAAGCUACGACGGAAUUCCUGUCAAUCGGCUUUCCAGGUGGCAGUAUGUCCAGCAUUUGCGUGAGGAGUUCUGGAAACGCUGGUCUCUAGAAUAUCUGCAGGAGAUGCAGAUACGACAAAAAUGGGACAAGAGAAAGGAGAACAUUAAAGCUGGAAUGGUGGUAAUCAUUCGAGACGACAACUUACCACCGUAG